UUUACUGGUGUAUGCUCUUAUGUACUAAUAAUUCACUCGAUGAAUCUAGGUUCUCUGUUUCAAUAUGUGCAGGGGGGAUAUGUUCUCUGUAAAUUGAAGGAAAAACCAGAUGUGAAGACCAACAAAGGUGAACCAAAUCAUCAUCUGGUCUCGAUCUCUGAUUUCGAAGCUGCACCGAGCUGCAGUAUUGAAGGCGAAUGCAGGCCUUCGAUGGAGAUGCCUUCUAAGUUUAUAAAUCACUCAACCCAUGGUUACGGAGACAGUAGCCUACUUGAUUUAGAUUUUGAUAAUCCAAAUCUGGACAUAUCAGCCCCCGAUGAAGGUGAAAGGAAUUCUCUUACGGUUCUGCUUCCGGGUUUGGAAAAUGGAAAUCCGUGGGAGAAGACUGAAGAAGGUUGUUUGCGUCCCUCAGUGGUUUCACCAGAAAAUAGUCCAGCAGAUGCUUUGCUUCCUGACCUUUCACAGCUAAUCCCUCAUCUACGGGCAGAGCUGAAAGCAUUAAUCUCGGAGCUAGAAAACAGCCUUCGUUCUCCAUUUCAGCCAGCUGCGUCUGUGAGCAAUGAGGAAAUCCCGUUUCACAGGGGCUUCGAUGCCUCUGUGUCUACCUGAACAAAUCUGUUGCUGUCUAUAUCUGUGUCCUUAAGUCGCUAUUUGAGUAUUAGUAACAUAUUUGUACUGAAGAAUAAAGCUACUUUAUGGCGAAUGCUGCCAAUUUAUAUUCCUAAAUCUUCUACCGAGGCAACUUAUGUUGCUGUAGUUGUUUAGAUCCUUGCGUGGUAGCUCAUCUGCACAUUUCACUGU